AUGAGGUUGCAUGGUCUGUUCUUGCUGGCUGUCUUCUCUCUAGCUUUUUUGCAGCUGGUCAAGGGCCAAUCCUUGCCCCGUUGCCAAACUAGUUGUGGUAACGUCACAAUCCAGUACCCUUUUGGCACUUCUCCAGAUUGUUUUUACGCCCAAGACCGUAGUUUCAACGUUACCUGCAGCAAAGAAGGGAAGCUGUUCUUUCGCAACAACGCCGAAAUCAUCGACAUGUCUCACAAAGGCGAGCUGCGUGUCAAGUUUAAUAGAUCAUACACUUGCUACGACAGCCAAGGAAAUCUGAGUGGUGACAGUUACUACAACUAUUCGCUGGGUAACUUAUCUCUCUCCAGCAACAACAGGUUUACUUUAGUAGGCUGCAACGCUUACGCACUUAUAACCACUUUUGGGAGCCAGGGUUACUCUAGUGGAUGCAUGUCCUUAUGCAACUCUCGCCCUGCACAAAACACAAAUUGUAACGGUCAAGGUUGCUGCACGACAGACGUCUCUAUGCCUCUGGAUAAGUUAAAAUUCAGAACUAGGUCACUUCGCUUUGCUAACACGACUCCUUCUGUGUAUGAGUUUAAUCGUUGCACCUACGCUUUUCUUGUUGAAGAUGGUCAGUUUAACUUCAGUUCUACAGAGGAUCUUUGGAAUCUUCGGAAUGUCAAGGAUUUCCCGGUGGUACUGGAUUGGUCUAUUGGAAAUCAGACAUGCCAGCAAGUUGUUGGCACUAGCGGACACAUAUGCGGUAAGAACAGCGAAUGUUUCGAUUCUAAUCGUGGAGCCGGGUAUAACUGUAAAUGUAGACAAGGUUUUGAGGGGAAUCCUUACCUUCGAGACGGUUGCAAAGAUAUCAAUGAGUGUGUGAGAACAGAUAUCAACAAACAUAAUUGUUCGGAUCUCAGCACUUGUAAAAACACGCCUGGAAACUUUCUUUGUAUGUGCACAUCUGGUUACCACUUAAAUACAACUAGUAAUGUAUGCAUGCCUAAAGACAGGCCUAAAUACAUUGGAUGGACUCAGAUAGUUCUUGGAACAACCAUCGGCUUCUUGGCCAUCCUGCUUGUUUUUAGCUGUAUACAACAGAGGAUGAAGCACCAGAAGGACACCAAGCUCCGACAACAGUUCUUUGAGCAGAACGGCGGUGGAAUGUUGAUACAAAGACUCUCAGGAGCAGGGCCAUCAAAUGUUGAUGUCAAGAUCUUUACUGAAGAAGGCAUGAAAGAAGCAACUAAUGGUUAUGAUGAGAGUAGAAUCUUGGGUCAGGGAGGGCAAGGAACAGUCUACAAAGGGAUAUUGCCGGACAACUCCAUAGUUGCUAUAAAAAAGGCUCGGCUUGGAGACAACAGCCAAGUAGAGCAGUUCAUCAACGAAGUGCUUGUGCUUUCACAAAUCAACCAUAGGAACGUGGUCAAGCUCUUGGGCUGCUGUCUAGAGACUGAAGUUCCCUUGUUGGUCUAUGAGUUCAUUACCAGUGGUACCCUUUUCGAUCACUUGCAUGGUUCCUUACUUGAUUCUUCCUUUACAUGGGAACACCGACUAAGGAUAGCGAUAGAGGUCGCAGGAACUCUUGCUUAUCUUCAUUCUUCUGCCUCUAUUCCAAUCAUCCACCGCGAUGUCAAGACUGCGAAUAUUCUCCUGGAUGAAAACUUGACUGCAAAAGUAGCUGACUUCGGGGCUUCAAGGCUGAUACCUAUGGACAAAGAGCAGCUCACAACAAUGGUGCAAGGAACUCUAGGCUACUUAGACCCAGAAUACUACAACACAGGGUUGCUGAACGAAAAGAGUGAUGUUUAUAGCUUUGGCGUAGUCCUCAUGGAGUUGCUCUCAGGUCAAAAGGCAUUGUGCUUUGAAAGGCCACAAAACUCGAAACAUUUGGUGAGUUACUUUGCCUCUGCCUUGAAAGAGAAUAGACUGCAUGAGGUUAUUGAUGGUGGAGUUAUGAACGAGAAUAAUCAAAGGGAGAUCCACGAAGCUGCUAGAGUUGCGGUUGAGUGUACAAGAGUGACGGGAGAGGAAAGGCCAAAGAUGAAGGAAAUAGCUGCAGAGCUUGAGGGUUUGAGAGCCACAAAAACCAAACAUCAGUGGUCGGAUCAGUAUCUUGAGCUAAAGGAGGCUGAACAUUUGAUCGGUCUUGAAAUUUUAUCAGCGCAAGGAGAAACCAGUAGCACUGGUUAUGACAGCAUCAAGAAUGUAGCAAUAAUGGACAUUGAAGCUGGUCGCUGA